CAAUGUCUACAACCACCACUACUACAUCCACAACAACCCUAACAGGAACAACCACCCUCCCCCGCGUCCUCUCCGUCUCCAAAUCCCCCACCCACACCAUCUCCAAAACCCCAGUACCAUCAAUAACUCUCCUCCCCAACCACGGCGUCAGCGGCGACUGCCACGCAGGCAAAACCACCCAGCACACCACCGGCAGCACUACAGCCAGCAACCUCCGCCAAAUCCACCUCCUCCCCAUCGAAUCCCUCCGUCACAUCUCCUCCACCUCCUUCAAGGGCACCAAGCCCCUCACUCCGGGUGGGAUCGGCGAAAACGUGACGACGGAGGGCAUCGAGUUGGGGAAUCUACCCCCUGGUACGGAGAUACACUUUGGGAAUCAGGAUGAUGGGGCAGUGGUGGUAAUUACGAGUGUGAGAGAGCCUGGACCGGGAUUGGAUCGAGUGAGACCUGGGUUGAGGGAGGCGUUUCGGGGGGUCAGGAAGGGCUGGUGGGGGGUUUUGGGGGUGGUUGUGAAAGGUGGAGAGGUUAGGGGGGGCAUGGGGGUUAGGGUUGUGGUGAAGUGAGCAGUUUUCUACGGUUUAACGGUUGCAAUUUAUUUGGAUGAGUAAAGAGUGUGUCUUAUUUGAUGAUGGUGGUGGUAAGGUUUGAUAAGCAUUGGGUAGUGUAGUGUGCUGUGAUGUAAUUGACUUUUUGGGGGUCAGGGUAUAAGUAUAAACAUGAUUCCUUGGAGGGAAAAUUAAGUGUUUUGUAGUGGAUAAUUGCAACUUGUCGGUUCUGUCAUCAAUUGCUUUUACUAGGAUUAUGGAUCAACGCUACUAUACCCUCGCCGAAGGUAUGUCCUUAUAAAUUUACAUAUAGUAAAAAGAUAC